GCAUCAGACUCUGGUCACCACGGCGAUGGCUUCACCAGGGAAACAUUGCUGCAUCCUCCUCUUCUUCCUCCAUCUGCAGGCGUCUGCCUGCCUCCACCAACAACCUGCAGACAGUGCUGCCGUUUCUCUGGAACACGACAUUGGGAGCAAUGGGAGGGUGAAGGCAGAGCAAUAUUUGAUACCAGCAGAGAGAGGACUUGGACAACUGCAGUCUUCAGAUGCAUCACGCAGGAAAUUACUUCAGACACCAGGAGCUGCAGUUCCCCUCCCUCCUCUAAAGGUGUUGUCUGAUGGGCAGCCGUGCCUCUUGUUCCAGGCCAGGAAACUGUCUCUCCGCUAUGACAAGCAGAAACACCUGGACCUCACAGAGCGAGCCUUUUCUCCUCAGAAACCUGUCGACACCAGUCAGUCUGUCUGUCGCAAGGACAAAGCCACGCUGGUCAUGAGGUUUGGAGAUGUGGAGGAUUUGAAAGGCCUGUCCAUCAGACUGCAGCUGUCCAACACCUUUUAUGAGUCUUCGGGGCAGUGGUGGUUCUCGGUGGACAGCGUCUCGCUGCUCUACAACAUUUCUGAAGAGGCUGCGUUCAAUGCCAGCGAGGUGUACGCUCCAGCUUCCUCCUCCUACCGCUGCAUCCACGUCAGCAGCCUGGAGCGAUACAGUGCCCUGCUGCUACCUGGCACUGACCAAGCCCGCCGCUGGUCCAUCACUUUUACAGACUUCCAGAUUCAGGCCUUCAGCGUCACCUCAGGAAAGUUUUCUCCUGCGAGCGACUGUACCACCUUCUUGACGCCAGCCAUCCUGAUGGGCCUCGUCACCUCCCUCAUCCUGCUGCUGGUGCUGGCCUAUGCCCUGCACAUGCUCAUCCACUUGAAACACAUUGAGCAUGACGAGGAGCACAAAGCCGACGUCUACUUCCCAAAAAGCCCUGAACACCUGGAACAGUACUGCGUGGAAAACCUCACUGAGAAAAAUGUUAUGUAGGUUAGGCAGUGAGGUGAUGGACAGACUUUUAAAAGUUACAGUUUUGAAAAAGUGAAAUGCAGCUGACCUGAUAGCUGGCACCAAACCUGGUGUGACAUACUCUCAGCCCAGGAUGAAAUUUUUUUUUUAAACUGACAUUUCUAAACUUUUGUAAUUUACCCAUGAGAGGAUUUCUGUUUUUGUCUUAAUAAAAAUA